CGCCACUGGAAGCUAAAAAAGUUAAAAGCAGGAGUUCUCCCUGCGAGGCGGAGAGAGGAAAGGCAACCACCGUCGGGUUUGCUCGGGCCCCCGUCGGCUUCCUUCACAGCCAAGGCAGAACCACCAAAGCAGGAAGGGGGAGUGAGAGAGAGCCUCGCCGCCUCGGAAGCAAUCCUCUUGCAGUAUCGAGUAGGCGGUUCCACUCUUAGAUCGCGUUAAACCAUGUCUCGGGAUCCCAAUCCGUUCGAUGAAGAGGACGUGAACCCGUUCUCGAAACCCACUGCUCCUGGAUCUAAUUCUCGCAUUUCCACGUUGGCAUCGAAAGCAUUUGGAUUUGGGAACAAGAAUGAGGCGACUAUGGACAUACCAUUGGACAAUGAUUCAAAGAAAAGAGAGAGGGAACUUGUUGAAUGGGAAGAGAACCUAAAACAGAGGGAAAUGGAUAUUAAACGAAGGGAGGACUCAUUGACAAGAGCUGGUGUUACUGUUGAAGAAAAGAACUGGCCACCAUUUUUCCCUAUCAUCCAUCAUGAUAUAUCUAAGGAAAUCCCUGUCCAUGCUCAGAGGUUGCAGUACCUAGCAUUUGCUAGUUGGUUAGGAAUUCUUCUCUGUCUAUCAUGGAAUGUAAUUGCUGUGACUGUUUGCUGGAUUAGAGGGGGAGGUGUUAAAAUAUUUUUCCUUGCAGUCAUCUAUGCUUUACUUGGAUGGCCUCUUUCCUAUGUGCUUUGGUACAGACCAUUGUAUCAUGCAAUGAGAACUGACAGUGCACUUAGGUUUGGUUGGUUUUUCUUCUUCUAUCUGAUUCACCUUGGCUUCUGCAUCCUUGCGGCAAUAGCCCCACCAAUUGUAUUCCAUGGGAAGUCAUUAACUGGAAUCCUGGCAGCAAUUGAUACCUUCUCAGAUCAUGCGUUAGUUGGGAUCUUUUACUUGGUGGGCUUUGGGCUGUUUUGCUUAGAGACACUAAUAAGCUUAUGGGUGCUUCAGAAAAUUUAUAUGUACUUCAGAGGACAAAAAUGAAGCUACAGGGAAAAGAGUUGCUUUGUUGUUUAAAAGGUAAUCAUAAUUAAGAUGAACAAGCAUUGGAAUCUCCUUGAGACCUCUUCUGGAUCCAAUUGUGAGUGAGUUUCUUAUGUGGAUGCAUUCGUCUAGUUUCCCUUUCUAUUUGCUACAACCACACAGUGAACAGAUCUUCUCUUAUUUCAUAUCAUGUGAUUAUGUGGGAUGCUGGUACAUAGUAACCUCAUCAAACUCGGGGGAGAUUAAAAAAUUUAUAUCCAA